GGUCAUCCAUCAAAUAAAAAAGGAAAGUAAGAGUCGCGUAGGCUGGAGUACUUCGUGUAAGCGAUAAUACCGUAUCGUACCAUGUUGUACGAGAUACCGAAUCCAUUUUCAUUCAAGUAAAAAGUACGAGUGUGAGGAGGAUAUCAUYCAUUGAUUGACAGAACCAAGGGCGAAGUUGAACCCCAAAGUGUCGUUUUUCUUUCGUAAGAGUCGAAGAGAAAGGCCAAAAAGUGACGAAGAARAAGAGAGGCACCCCACGCUCGAUCCAGAACCGAAUGAACAAAUAAAAUAGGCUCUGCGCUACCGUCUUCCAUAGGCUCAUCACCGUGCUUUCUUCCUCCAGGUCUAGUAUUGCGGCGUUCGGCUCUGCUUCACAACUUCAAAGAUGAACUUUGUCAAUCAGUUGGAGGAUUAUCUCCGAGAUUUGGGUGCCGAAGCACGAAAAAAACAUCCUGGUGCGUUCGCGACGAAAACUGGGAAUCGUCAGCUWAAGAUAUUCUUUGUCCGUUACAUACUUGCCAYAGAUCGCUCUCUCUCAUCCAUUUCUCUUAACAWUCGUUCUCUUUAAAAUUGGAAUGUGGUACUAUUAAACYAUUUAUGGAAUUUCAGGCGUUAAAGAGGCAAGCGAACGCGCAAUCUUGAAACUUAGGACUCUGCAAAAUCAAUACGUCAGUGCGGUCAGAAAGGCGUCCAAUAGCGGAGAAAAACACCCAGAUACACGAUUAUUUCGAAGCUCAGACUUGCUUCACCCAUUUUUAUUGGCUACGAAUUAUCCCAAUGCUUCCCCUAAAUUAUUGGACACGAGUUUCAAAGCCAUGAAAACUCUAUUGGAGGCAGAUGCGAUUUGUCCAGGAGAUGKGCUGAACAUGGUCAGGGUUUGGAUGAUUCAAGCUCAAGUUGUGGUGAGUUAUUCAACAACCAAAGAAAGCAGCUCUGGYUCGGGGGGGCUCACAGCGGGAACAGCAAUGGCAAUAAAAGGGUCUUCUCAAGACUCCAAAAGAAAACAAUCUACAGUUGCGAAGAACGGCAGUUCAAACACAGAUUCAAAAUCGGGGGGAUCCGCAUCAUCUUGGUUUGGGGGAUAUUUUUCUCCUUCCGUGAAUAAUGGAUCGAAUACGACCAUGACAACGAACUCAGUAGUKACGAAAACGGCUGUCUCUUCCUCUCACGGGAACGCUGGCUCUGGCCAUCUAAACGCGAAAGAUUUAGAUAAGAUUGCGUUGGACAUAUUAAGUUGUUUGCUGCAACUUUUGGAAUUGAAAGAACUGCCUGUUUCGAACGACCAAUGGAUUCAAUCUGUAACACUAUGCUGCCUUUUAUAUUUACCAACGCGACAAAACGUCCGCCAAGCUGCUCAUUCGACACUCCCACAAGUAUUGUCUCUGUUGUUUCAGAAUGAGAAUGCAUCUCAACUAAGAAUAAAUACCUGGGAUGAYUUAUUGUCUUGUGCCUUGGGUAUUGGCGAUGCUGAGUUGAGAAGCAGUAGCAACAGUCAGAUGAGAMGAAAGAUGAUUUCCUCAUUUCAUGGAGUAUUUGUCAAUUGUAGACUAGGAGGCGGGGAUGCACCGCAACCGCCWUCGCAAUCACUUGCUUUCGAAUUGAUGACWAAUCUUCUUCCAGAGAACCCCGAUAUCUUCUCAAAAGUGGGUCAGAAAACGUUUGGUGUGAUCGUCCAAGUGUUGCACGAUCAAUCGAAGAUUCARUCAAACGCUCUGCCUUUGGAAGUCUUGAAAGCGUUGCAAUUUGCCCUGGUGGUUAUUCAGACUCAACAUUCUGAAUGGUCCCCUGAGUGUCGAGAGUURAUAUGUAGGCUUGCCCAACCAAUUUCCUUGGCCACAGAAGCAUUGCGAAAGCAAGCUGAUUUUGAAGAUGGCUAUAUUUAUAAAGUUUCGAACGAGAAGAAAUCAGUCAACAAACCUUUAUCUUCAGCCAGCAGUAAACAGAAUAUCGAAACAAUCCAGGGAUUACCGAACACUGYUUUGUGGAAAGCUGCUCUGUCAUUGGAAACUUUGAAAACAUUCAUUCAAGAUAAAAACUCAUACCGCGAGCUGUGGCUUCACGAAGAUGUAGCGAGUACUCUACUGGAAGCAACCAGCGACUUUUGUACGAUUGGCGCGAGCUGCGAAGAUCAUAUGAAUAUGAUGAUUACUGCUUCCCAUGGACCGAAAGGGAGCAAGUCCUUGGCGAAUUCCGCCGAAGCGUUGGAAAAGAUCGAACGAUGGCAAGAUGGAAGAUUCAAUAACGACAUAUAUAUUUUGGGGAAUGCAUUGUGGACUGGUUUCAAUGCCCUGCUGGUAAUGAUCGAUCAGUUGGACGAAUCAAUCCUGGAGCAAACAUUUGCUCCAUCACUGUCAGUUUUACAGCAUUAUCUCAAGAGGUUCCCAGCUAGUGGUACAAUUGUCAAAAUGUCUUUAAARGGUUACAAUUCGUUGGCAAAAGUGUCUCUAAGUACUGCAAUACUGCGAGGAGCACUAUUAUCAAGUCUGUGUAAGCUUUCACUUCCUCAAUGGGGGAGAAAAUGCUCAUCAAGUGUGCUGAAAGAUCACAAUGUUGCUGCACUGGUCUGUUUGUUGAAUAUUGUUCAUCGUUACAGAGAACAMAUAGGUACAGAUUGGGCAUUGAUCUUUCAAACKUUUGAAGAGUUAUCAGUCCUUGCAAUUGCUUCCCCMAACCUUUCUAACAAUUCCUAUGCGGGUGCUCUCAGUAUUUCAGCAACAUAUGCAAGGUUCGCUUCAUUCUCUACCUGUCUAUCGGACGAAUCCCUCUCUCAAUUCGUAGUUGGCAUCAAAGAAGUAUCACUUUUGGAUAAGUCAACAUCAACAAUCCCUAGUGUCAUGGGAGGUGCUAGUCGGAGAAAUUUCGACAAAUCAAUUUCUUCCAGGUCACAGGACAAACGAGGACCGAUGGGGGGAAAAUUGAUGAAUAUCGGAGCCCGAGCAAUCGGAUGGAACUCUGACGGCAGUGUCAUGGAAGAGGAUGUUCUAGUUGCCGAUCGGACAAGCAAUACAUAUUAUGAUGACUACCAGACCGAAUUUGACRGUCGGUUAUCGUCAUCAAGAUAUCCKAUUCGGAGCCAACGCGUCCCCUAUUCCGUUGCAUUAUUGGCUGACGUUGCAAUGGCUAAUAUCUUCCGACAUAGUCGGUGUGGAAUGCACGUAUUUCGUCAGCUGUGUGUUGUUUCCUCAGAAGUGCCAUCAUUCCGACCGUUUUUAAUGGAUAUGAUGGUCUCGCUUAUUGUCUCUCACAUAAUGGAAGAURAGGAGGGCAUUCCCGCGCCUUUCUUUGGCCCUGGAAAAACUAUAUACUCCGACCCUCGACAAAAUCAGCUUCUGGCAACAGAAAAAAAUGCCCCAAAUGAAGCGAUCCGAGAUGCCGUUUCCCAGCUAGAUAUACUUGGUCCUCUUUGCGAAUUCAUCUCUAAAGCCGAACUUGCGGAUGCUGCUGAGGCCGGUUUAGAAGCCUUAUAUUCCGUACUCGAGAGCAYGGGGCAUAAACUGAGUGACGAAUCCUGGAUUCAAAUAGUCAAAGCGAUUGCUUCCGUUCCCUCCCCAAAUAAUUCUUCUUAUGAUUGGACUGCUGCAUGUCAGGUUGGCUUUCGCUGCUUAAAGUUGAUCAUAGACGACUUUCUGGAAGAUGCAKCUCGAUUGGCCAGGAGUGCGCUGUUGGAAUGUUGCUCAACCUUUGGAAGCGCCAAACAUGAUAUGAAUACGUCGUUGACUGCUAUCGGUCUGCUCUGGACAAUCGCAGACCAAGACAAAGGCACAGAGUCUGUCGAUCGAGCUCUUGCUAAACUUGUUCUUCUCUCAGGUGAUUUACGGCCAGAAGUUAGAAACUGCUCGGUCAACACUUUGUUUUCGUGCAUUGUUGGCCGUGGRCYAAAGUUCACUGGGGAACAAUGGGAAUCUUGUAUUUGCACGACUAUAUUUGGUGUUUACGAUACUGCUACGGCAGACACAGGGAAUGAUAACGAAGUAACAAAGCCAGAAUUGACGCGAAGGAAUUCACGAUACCAAGUCAAUGUUCACCAUUCACGGGAUUCUGCAGACAAACAAUGGGUUGCGACGCAAGCUCUUGUAUUGAAAGGUAUGUGUCGGCUGCUUCGCAACUUUUUCGACACCCUUCUCAAAACUACCGAUACUGGGAGAGGAGACAAAGAUUCUCCAUGGUUCGAUGAUGCGUGGAACAAGAUUCUAGGUUGGGCAUAUGAUGCAUCGACACAAAUUGGGGGCAGAGACACACUAGAUUUACGGAACUCGGGUGUUGAAUUAAUGGCGUUGUGCAAUCAGUUGGCUUGUUCUGCGGGGAUGCAGGCCGCGAUUACACCAGCCAGAGUUGGUACAAACAUGGAGGUUAUCAAUGGAGCGUUAAGGAGUGUUGGUACUCCGGGAAAGYCCAGCAAUGAAUCCAUCAUUAGGGAGACAAAUUCCGCUGUUGUUGAUAUGUGGCGCGAGAACCURUUUCUGGAUGCCUUUGAUGUUCUCGAGUCGUUUCGUGAUCACUUGGAAAGUGAAUUAUCGGACGAUGACAAAGCUGGGGCAUCAGCAGUGCUCGAGCCGACGCAAGUUCAGGUUCUAACGAAGUUGGCAAGUGAACUAAGCAAACUCUAUGAGUGCUGCAAGGACAAUGAGUUCAAAGAGGAGCUGACGCUCUCAAAACWCAUCACUUUUGACUCUCUUCUUGCGCCUGUUCUCACAGCACCUGGUGACGACGAUGCCAUGGUGGUGCGUUUUGUCCGGGUCGUGAUAAGCAUAGCAACAAUAACUUCCAGCGGCCCCGAUGCCCGUUUUUUAUCACAAGCACAGCGAGCUUGUAUUGAUAUCCUGAAAUUGAUGGCAUCGAAUGGAUCUCCCGAGGCGUUCUCCAACCUCACUGUGCUCGCUGGAGCGGCGUUUUAUGCAGGAAGAGAAACCAGUGGAAAAUGCAAAAAGGGGAUCAGUAUACUGAGCCACGAAUCUUCAAACGCUCUACUGGAGGAAUUUUCCAGCAGAGCAUUGUCCGACCAGUGUCGAGUGCUAGUUCUCGUCCGCCUGCUAUCGCUUUUCCUGAUGGACAAUCACGGCGUGGUUCAGACGAAUCCAAGAGAAACUUCGUACAAGAUGUUAAUCCCUAUCAUGGAAGGAGGUUUAGGAAGCGCAAAGAAUCUCAGAGAUGUACCGGGAGGCACACCGGAAGCCAUCGCUGGCCUCCUGGAYAAUCUGUGGGAACGAGUGUGUCUGACACUAUCCCGAAUGUUCUCACCGGGACUCGUCGCGGGAUCCAAAGAAUGUGGAAUUUUGUAUGCGCUGGAUGUAGCAUCCUUUGUCAACUUUUGUGCCGACAAUGCCCCGGCAUUCUACUCAUCAGACCUUUCUGCAAUAUUUUUGUCGGGAGCUACAAAGUGCGUAGAAAGCACCAAAACGACUGAAAACCCCGAAGAUUUCAUCGAUUUGCUCGCGGCUUGUUUCUCGGGAAUGUGCAAAAUAAGGCCGAGAGACACAUCGAUGCACGGCCUCGCAAACCAGGUUCUCCUAUCGGCUGCUCGAUCUCUCGAGUCGUCUCCGACGGAAGUGGAUCGAAACGUCCAGUCCGCUCUGAAAAUCUGCSAAGUGCUGCAGACUGUGAGCGGUGUCGAACAUGUCGUAGUUGGGGUCUUUUCGAGUCUGGCACAGCUGGUAAGCGUGGAGGAAAGGUCCGUCCGGCGGGCCGCGGCAGCGGUUCUCGCCAAGGCAGACAUCACCAAAAUCCUCGGCGCUGCCGAGACGCGCGCKCGAACCGCCGAAGAUAAGGUGCUUGCGCUGGAGCAAGAAGUUGCGUUUCUUCGGAAGCAAAACGAGGCAGCAACAAGCGUGUUAAUCAUGGAUUAAAAUCGCGUUGCCUAACUAACAUCCACCGAACACACARUAGUC